AUGGACAUGGCAAUGCAUGAUCCCAUUGGCCUGAAUGCUUUAGCGGCAGCAGCUACCACAGUGGCCAUGGAACCAGAGAUGCUUUCUAACAAAUAUUCACACAUGCCCCAACUGUCCAAAGUAUAUUAUCAGGCCUCCCUAGAUAUGGGCCCUGUGCUGCAGGUGACUACAGAGAAUCGCGUUGACAUACGUGAUAUUACAAGCAUGAUAGGUGCAUCCAAUGCCCUGUCCUCAGGAGACAAGCUACCACAGUGUAGUGAAAGUCCUGAACUGCCUGAGCCCCUCGAGAUUACCUAUAUGGUCAACAUCGGAGGCAAAUUCAAAUGCUGCCAGAUGCCAAGUACCAAGAAGUACAAGAAAUGGCAUGCUGCCAUCAUUCAGGCCUCAGGAUUUUCAGAGACACUCACUUUCAAGCAUGAACUAUCAUGGAAAAUGUACACAGCGCCAAAGAACCAAGAUCCGGUUGCAGUUGACAACAAACAUGAUUACAAAAUGAUGGUUGGCAAAGUUGAGAAAGCAAGGGCAAAAAAGGAGCUGACAGUUGCAAUAAUUAUCAAUAACUUGAAGGCCAGGGUUGAGCAGCCAGACUCACCAGUCUCAACCUCUGAAUCCAAUUUGGACUCCGAGUCUAAGCAGCACAAGAUUCCAGCGGGAAUGCCAUCAACCCACGAGUUAGAAGAGCUCAUCAAACAGAGGAAUCCUUUCUGCGAGUCUCACAUGGAGCACUGCCAUGUGUCAACAGCUUGUGGUACUGAUGGAUAUCAUGUCAUUCUAACCAAGUUGAACAUCAAGCAGUGGGUGCAGUCAAUUUCAUUCACGGGCCAAUGGUUCACAUUUUGUAAUUUUGAGACUAUGACAUUGGAUCAAAACCAAAUACAAAAAUUUUACGAUAGAUAG